GCACGUGCACACAGACACACAGAGUGUAGUGUAAAGUUGGAUUGUUGUGGGUGGCCCUGCAGGAAGUGUGUGUGACGGACAUUUAGAGCCAACUCUGCAGAACUCUGAGCUCAGACUCACGGCGGCGGCACAGCUGCAGCCUCCCUGCUCCACCGCGCUCCAUCACCGGCCUUCAUGACUCUCUACACCCGCCUCCCGCCCAUCGGAGCCUCGGCUCAGACCCCGGGCCUCGGCUUCUCCGCGCACCCGCUUUUCUACUUGUACGCGCGCAGCACCGACGGCUCAGCGGGAGUCGUGCCCGCGCUGCAUGCGGGUCUCGUUCCGGGGCCGCAGGGCCUCCGGGAGCCCCCCCAGAAGCCGCCCUACAGCUACAUCGCCCUGAUUGCCAUGGCCAUUAGGAGCGCGCCUCAGCAGCGCGCCACCCUGAGUGGCAUCUACCAGUUCAUCAUGGACCGGUUCCCCUUCUACCAGGACAACAAGCAGGGCUGGCAGAACUCCAUCCGCCACAACCUGUCCCUCAACGACUGCUUCAUCAAGGUGCCCAGAGAGAAGGGCCGGCCCGGGAAGGGCAGCUACUGGACCCUGGACCAACGGUGUCUGGACAUGUUCGAGAACGGGAACUACCGGCGCAGGAAGAGGAAGAACCGGACCCAGCAGCAGCAGGAGGCUCAGAGGCGCAGCAGGGGCCCCGCGGGGACUCCCAGGGCCCCCCUCACCUCUGUGAGGAAACAGAGAGAGUCCUCGGAGAGCCAGAAAGCCAGAGACCAGCAGGACAGUCCGGCACACUGUCUUCACGGCGCGUCUCUGAUGUGCGCGCUCUGCAGCGACGCGCACAGGUUCAGGGCUGACCCGUGCGCAGGAACCGCACGCGCGGCUGCACCUCCCGCGGUGAAGGGAACCAAAUCCAGGAGCUUCAGCAUCGAGAGCAUUUUGGCCAAAAACGAGGAUGAGGAGGAAGCGCGCAGCCCCAGACACAGAGUCUGCGGGUUCCCGGCGGAGACGGCAGCCGUCGGUGCGUGGUGCUGCGUGCGCGGCCCCGACAGCUGGGAUUCCCGCUCCGCUCUCACCUGAACCUGGAGAAGUCCAGACGGAAGUGGAAGUGUAAAGAAAAGAACUUUAGUGACGAAGCCGACGUGUGACCAGACCACCAGCGGGCGCUGUCUCCAAAACACGGCCUAAAACUGAGGAUUUGUGACGCCCUGAUUCUGCGGUUGCUCAGUUUCUAUUAUUUCUCCCAAACAACAAAAAAACGACCAACAUUUUACACACGGAUGCAAAGAAUAGUCACAAAAAUAAAACCAACUUCAACAACAACGAUUUAAAUGUUCGGAGAACUGAUUCCGGUUCGUUUUAAAUAGUUCUCCAGUGUUUGGUCUUUGGCGCAGUGUGACUGACUGUUUCAGUCCAAUACAGACCGGCUCCCAACAUUAGUCCAACUCCAGGACCAGGUUCUCCAGUAUUCACCGGACCAGAAAAAGCAAAGAACGAACCCUGGACUGAAUUCUUCUGAAACGUGGAUUCCUUUCGGUAUUUCUCUGAUAAAUCUUCUGCGAUUCCGGGGGAAAUAAAACUCGCAAAAACGCGCAGCGCAUUUUCUCACGGACGUGAAGAAGACCCGUGGAGCAGCAGGAAGCUGAGCUUCGUCAACACGCAUGCGUAAAAGUCGGGACUGAGUCGAUGUUUGGAGGUUGAUUUAACUGAACAUUUCAUCACAUUAUAUUUCACUGUAUCGAUGUGUAAACGGGGAUAUCUCCACGUCCUGAACACUGUUUACACUCACAGCAACGAGCCGAGUGUGAUUUAGUUCAUGGAUGAAAAGAUUGUUGAAGUUUCACUUCUUGUGUGUGAGGUAAAAUAUUCAGACGUCUGAUGACGAAACAACUGCAAAGAAACUCAGAUUAGAGAGAUUAAAACAAUCCGUUCAAUGAUUUUCACAAGUGGAAAAGUGUGUUUUGGGAAUCGUUUCUUCUCCAUCAUCAGAGUUCAUAGAAGGAACAGUGAUUUUAGCUUCAAGGAAGACAAACAUCUGCUGAGUCUGAGUCUGUCUGAGCUAAAAUCACUGAUUUUCUCCCUGGACUUUGAUCCUGGUUCCUUUUCUUGUUAAAGGGAAAGUACAUAUUUUUUUCAAACAUUCUGACAUUCCAUAAAGUACCAAUGACUGGCAGUAAUGACUCAGUGUUUGGAAGUUAAUGAGUUUACAUGUACAUAAUACAUUUAUAUGACCCCCCCCCCCCCCCCCCGUGUGUGUAGUCAUGACAAAGUAUUGGUAAACAGUUUGAAGUACGAUGCGAUGUUUAUAAUAAUCCAAAAAUCACAAACCCGUGUUUCCACAUCGUGUUCUUUUCUGGACGUGUCCGUGUUGGACAGACUGAUUUACCGACUGUUUUGGUCCAAACUCUGUGAUUAUUUCUGCAGUUCACACACACACAAACACAGCGCAGCAGUGUUUAACACACACACGCAAAUAUUUAUUUUAUCUUUAACGUGAGCGAGACGGCUGUAACACAAGGAACUCUGGGAUAUUCAGGACAGAAAGGCUUCAGUGGAGCAGAUGAUGGCGCUCUACUUUUUACCAACUGUAAAUAAACACACACACACACAUGUCGCAGAAGUGUGUGUGUGUGUAGGAUUACCACCCUCAGACUGGGACCACCCUGAAAUUAACACUUAAUCCCAGAGGAAGUGGAGUUCUUCCACACACACACACACACAGAGCCACAGACUGACACGUUUGCAAACACACACACACUCAUAAUUUGAGCACUUAGGCUAAAACAAACAAACUCAGAUUUAUACUGAGCAGCUGUGUUUCUGUCAGUGACCACGUCAUACAUGUGAACGUGUAUCUGUGUGUGCGUGGGUGAACAUAACACACCAACAUCUACCCACCAAACCCCAUGGAGAAAAUCAGUUUUUAGUUCACAGAGACUUUAAAGCUGCUGGUCCUCUGCUGCCUCCUGUGGUCAACCCAGGUACUGAGGUGAAUCUACCUUCAGGAUUUGAACCAGCGGAUGGAAACAGUGGUGGAGGCGGGCGGUGAAGCAGCAGCGUCCGUGUCUCUGUGACCUUAAAUCACUGGUUUUCUCUAUGAGGUUUGGUGCAGCGGAGGUGGAACCAGGUGGAACCAGAGCCGUAGAUGAAAGAAGUCGUUUUUAUUGUUGAUCAGUGACACAGUCAGAAAUCAGACGUCAUAAACUGGACUGAGCACCGAUGUGUGUGUGUGUGUGUGUGUGUGAGAAGAGUUCCCAGCUGCCCCUGCUCGCCGCUGGUUUCAGCUCUGUGCAUAAAUAAACAGUUGUCACGCUC